UCCCACCGUUGUGGAUUAAUCCAGUUCAUCCUAAUUUUGUCACCGGCACCAUGCUGUCCACUGUGCGCCGCCACAGCCUCCGCCUGCAGACCGAGCUCCACCGCUGGAGCAUCUGCGACCCGGGCAGCCACCUGCUCCCGGACAGCCUCCUGGCCCGGGUCCCCGCCUGCAUCUCUCGUUCAAAGUCCUGCAACAGCUCCGCCGGGGAGUCGGACGGCAGCCGCGGGAGCUGGUCUUCCUCAGACUCGGUCAUCUCCACUGACUCCGCCUGGGAGCCGGCGGAACCCGGCAGACCGUACCGGGUAGUCUUGUUAGGGGCCAGUGGAGUCGGUAAAACGGCUUUCGCUAGCAUCUUCGGUGGGGCAGCAGACAGCAUGGACAGUGAUGACUGCGAGCUGUGUGAAGAUGAGACGUGUGAAAAGACAAUUGAAGUGGAUGGAGAACCUGCCACUGUAACUCUGCUGGACACCUGGGACGCAGAGACUGACGGUGAAUGGGCUCAGGAGUGCUACAUGCAGACAGGUGAUGCCUACCUGUUGCUGUACUCUAUAACUGACCGGGCCUCGUUCCUGCGAGCUUCUGAGCUCCGGAUCACCCUGCGCCGCUUCCGUCCUGCUCAGCACACACCAAUCAUCCUGGUGGGGAACAAGUGUGACCUGGUGCGACGCAGAGAGGUGUCAGUCACUGAGGGCCGUGCCUGUGCUGCUGUGUUUGACUGCAAGUUCAUCGAGACCUCAGCUGCCAUGCAGCACAAUGUCUGGGAGGCCUUCCACGGCAUAGUACGACAACUGCGUCUACGCCGAGACUCCAAGGAAGCCAACAAACGUCGCAGGCACAUAAACUGUAACACACGCCGCGAGAGCCUUCCUAUGAAGGCCAAACGUUUCCUCGACAAGGUGGUGGCAAAGAACAACCCCAGUAUGGCGUUCUGGCUAAAGUCUAAGUCCUGCCAUGAUCUGUCUGUGCUGUAGGGGCCCAACAGAAAUUCAUUUUAACUCCACACCAAACCCAUGAGGAGGUGAACAGCCAAGAGAGCAGAAUUCAUGGACAUGGGCUGGAGAGAGAAGACUGCUUCUAAAGGGCUGAAAGCUGGGUGAUUCAAACCCAGUCCUCACUGGGUUCACAUCCACCCUCAGCACAGCCAGGAAUGGUGUGCAACACAUUUCUACACUGACAUUCAUAUGUUGCAGUCAAAACUAGACUGAGUGGACUGAGCUCCGUUUGUCAGCCAUUGUAAUGGACUAGACUAUCAGUCAAUGAAGUAGCGUUUCUUGUCGUGAAGACUUCCCCUGUAUGUGCGGCAGAAAUGUUGGAGAUUUGAGAUGAACUGAUGGGAGGUGAUGUAGUUCAGACAUUAGCCUUCUCUCUCCUUUCCUCUUUUUCCUCAUCUUUUUGCUCUCAUCCCUGACAGGUUUUGUUGACUGUCAGUCCCUAAGUGCUAAGAUAACCAGU